AGCAUUAGGUACCUUUUCAAUUUCUUAGAUAUAUAUUUAAAGAUGGAGUUUUAGUUUCGGAUAAUUUUUUUUUUAAUAGAUUGUUAAGAAUGUUGGAUUGAUAGAUAUUUCAUUAUAAAUAUUUUUGGAUUUAUUUUAAUAGUCGAUAGAAAAUUUAGAUGGGAAUGGAUUGAUUAUAAUAAAAAAAAUAUUGAAUAAGGAUGGAAAUAUAAAAUUUAUUAUAUCACAUGUAUCUUAUCACAAUAGAUCGAACUAUAUUAAAAAUUUAGUAUAUAAAAAUUUACGAUUAGUGCAUCGAAUCACUCUUAAUUUUGAAUGGCGUGGUGAUUUCAGAUUGAGACAAGUGGAAUUGUGAUGAGGUCCACCAUUUUAUAUGUAUUUAUUAUCAGCUUUAAUUUAGAAUUUGGUCAGUAACGUCUAUUAUUCCUCCACCAAAUGGAUAAAUCUCAAUCUUUAAUCCUCGUCUUUAUUUAUUUUUUGAAUGGAGAUGUUGUGAAAGAGUCAACCAAGAGGUAACUCUCUGCCACGAUCUGUUUCUCCAUCGUCUUGCCCUCAAAAUUUAUUUAACUUAUUUCUCCUUCUCAUGCCUCUGGCUUGAAGACAUGGUGGCGUUGCGCAGAUCGCCGAACAUUUUGGUGAUCGUCACCAUUAUUUCUGUCUGCUCUGUCUGCUCUGCUCUUUCUGCAUUUCGUGAAUCCCCGACUUCAGCAAAACUCCUGAUCAUCACACAAAAGAGAUCCAUGUUAGAACAGAACAAGUCCUUCAUUUUGGCCGCAGAGAGGACUCACAGAAGAGAUCCCCUGAAUGCAUUCAGAUUCUACACCGAUGGCUGGAACAUCAGCAAUCACCACUACUUGGCCUCGGUCGGAUUCUCUGCUGCUCCCCUGUUUUCCAUCAGCAUUGUUUGGUUGCUUGUCUUCGGCCUGGCCUUGGCCCUCAUCUGCUGCUGCUACUACUGCUUCCCAAAACAGAGCCACUCUUUCUACUCCCGCACAACUCAUGCACUCUCCUUCAUUCUCCUCAUCCUCUUCACAGUUCUCACAGUAAUUGGGUGUGCCAUUUUGUUCGAUGGCCAGAGAAACUUCCACAGAAGCACAUCCAGAACUUUGGAUUUCAUCGAGGGGCAGUCCAACACCACCGUCUCCAACCUCAGAAACUUCUCCAGCGACUUGAUGAAAGCCGAGAACGUUGGGGUUGGCCAAGCCUCUCUCUCAUCGGAUCAGAAAGCCAGAAUUGAUUCGGUCGUUCGGAGAGUCCAUCGAGCUGCAGAUCAAGUUUCUUCCAAGACAUCCGAAAAUACGAACAAGAUCAGAAACUAUCUAGACAAAGUGCAUGUUAUACUGAUCGUAACUGUGGCUGCUCUGCUUCUCUUGGCUGUUCUUGGAUUAACAUUUUCAAUACUUGGAAUGAGAUCUCUUGUGUAUACAUUAGUGAUAGUUGGAUGGCUGCUUGUGGCAGCAACAUUUUUUUUGAGUGGCCUCUUUCUCCUCUUCCACAAUGCAAUCUCUGAUACGUGCUUGGCCAUGGACGAGUGGGCGGUGCAUCCGCAGGAGCAUUCCGCCAUGGACGACAUCCUCCCCUGCGUCGACGAGGCCACCGCCGGCGCCUCCCUCGACCAGAGCAAGCAAGUCACCUUCGAGCUCGUCGACGUGGUCAACCGCGUCAUAGUCAACGUCUCCAACGUCAACUACCCUCCCAACUUCCAGCCCCUCUACUACAACCAGUCCGGCCCGUUGGUUCCCCUCCUCUGCAACCCCUUCAACACUGACCUCACCAACCGGACCUGCCUCGCCGGAGAACUCGGCUUCGACGACGCGGCGCGCGUCUGGUCCAAGCACGUGUGCCGAGUCAGGACAGCCAACGGGUUCGACACGUGCUGGACCGUCGGCCGCCUGACGCCGGCGAUGUAUCGCCAGAUGACGUCAGCGACGGAGGUGGGCUCUGGGCUUUACAUGUACGGGGCGUUCCUUGUUGGUCUGGUGGACUGUAGCUUCGUGCGGGCGGCGUUUAGGUCGAUAAGCGUCCGGAAUUGCCCGGGUUUGGGCCGGUACAGCAAGCGGGUCUACGAAGGGUUAGCGGUGGCGUCUGCCGCCGUCAUGGCGGCGCUGGUGGUCUGGGUGGUCCUGGCGCGGUCGAGAUGGCGGCGCACGUUUGAGAAGAAGGUUGCAGCUCGAUCGCAGCUAGAACAAUUGGAGUUACAGAGGAAGAACUUGUUACAAAGUCAAGAAGAAGAUUAAUAGUUUGUACACGUGAUUAUGUUAAUGGUGUUGAUUUGUAAUUAUUAGCUUGUCCUAAAGAUCGA